GAUGAAAGAGAGCUUUAUUCCUACUGGUUGUAAUCACUCUACGACUCAGUCAGAGAAUUUAAAUGUAAUAUAAUUAAUGAGGUAAAACUCUAUUGAAAAAAUGAAAUAAAUCUAAAAUCAAAAUCAAAGUAAAAAAUAUUUAAAGGAGUAAUCCAGCAGUCUUUCAGAAAAAAAAGAGGAACCACCAAGAAAAAACUGAAAUUAUCAUUUUUAAAGA